AUUGGAAAUGACCAUAUUGUCACGCUCUCUCUCACCUUUGCAGCUCUCACCGCAACUGAAUCAACCGUUCUCGGUUUUAGCGUCAACUCGGUUUCGCUCGCAAGUCGCAACUUCAUCUCAGCAUGGUUUGCUUGGCGUGUUUGUUACCCCUCUUCCUGGUUCCAAUAGUCAACAUUCUCCCUCUUCUCUUCGAUUUUAUCAUGGGAAAAAUCUAUGGCCUUUUUGGUUGGGAGUACAGAAAACCGGAAAGGGCUCCUCCUGCAUGUCCAUACAAGCCUACACCCAAUAGGGUUAGUAAACAGGCUGAGACAGAUGCUGAACCAACUCCAGCAGAACCUGUUAAACCUGGAAGUGUAGAUGUGAAGCAAGAUUAAUCUCGCAGCUACAAUACGACAAGGUUUGACAAGAAGGAAAAAGUAGCACAGUCUACCGAUGAAGGUUUAUGUCUGUAACUUUUUUUAAAUAUCUCAUCCUAUCAUGAACUUUGUAAAUUUGAUAUGUUGUGCGAAAUAAUUUGCAUAGGUUAAUAAAAACGUGA